AAGCCAGAGACGAGGCAGUGCCAGUAUAAAACCUUCCUGGGGCGCAUCUUCCCGCACCGCUCCAGCUGCGAGGGCACGAGGACCAACCAUGAAGGCUUUUCUGGUGGCCCUGCUGGCUGCAGUCCUGUGUGCCCAGCAAGCUUCCUCCCUGUUUUGCUACAUCUGUGAGAACGAACAUUCCAACUGGAACUGCAUGAAAACCUACAAGUGUGAGGACCAUGAGAAAUUCUGCACGACCACGUACAGCACUGCCGGAUUUGGCAAGGACGUGGGACACCGCAUCACCAAGAAAUGCUCUGCGGACUGUCCCGAGACCAACGUGAACUUCGGGAUGGCCGCUUACUCCACCAAGUGCUGCAGCACCUCCCUCUGCAACUUCAGCGGCGCCAACAGCAUCCGGAUCAACUACGCCGUGAUCCUGCUGGGAAUCGUGGGGAGCUUGGUCUGUGUGCUCAGGGUGGGACUGUGACCGGGGGCGGCAGGAGAUGUGACCACCCGGGAAGCCACGAGGUAUUCCCGAAGCGAGAAACCUCGGCCGGGUGUUUCCAGCAGUGACCCUGUUUUAUUCCAAGACAUUGCUUCAGAUCCCAACAUGACGCGGCAGCGUAGAUCCCGUUUUUCCCCCCGCCCCCCGUUGUUUUAUACUAAUUUUUCCCCUGGAAAAAGCUCUUUUGAUAGCG